GGUAUUCUAAUGUCCACAAAAAAAAGACUUUGUGCAAUAAAAGGAUUAUCAGAGGCCAAGGUAGAAAAAAUCAAAGACGUUGCGUCUAAACUUGGGGAACCUAGCUUUUUGACAGCUUUUGAAGUGUGUGAGAAGCGUAAACAAGUUUUUAAAAUUACCACAGGAAGCCAGGAAUUCGAUAAGCUUUUAGGUGGUGGUAUUGAAAGUAUGGCAAUUACAGAAGCGUUUGGAGAGUUCCGAACAGGAAAAACACAACUAUCUCAUACCUUGUGUG